AGUUGUAAAACGUCCAUCUGCUGAGUACAUGAACGUUGCUGUCAAAUCUGGUUAGUUGGCACUUCCUGAUUCAAGCUUAGUGGAUAAACAGUACUUAAAAGAUCCAUAGUGGUUGAGAAUCAAGAAUGGCAGGAAGUGGGACAGGUCUCUCUCCCGAGGAGAAAUUUUCGUUGAUUACUCGAAACUUACAGGAGACGAUAGGUGAAGAGAAGCUGAAAGCAGUAUUAAAGGAACGGGAUGUGAAAAUCUAUUGGGGAACAGCCACUACAGGCAAGCCUCAUGUGGCGUACUUUGUACCCAUGUCAAAGAUCGCAGACUUCCUGAAGGCUGGGUGUGAGGUGACCAUCUUGUUUGCUGACCUUCACGCCUACCUUGACAACAUGAAGGCACCAUGGGAACUAUUGAACUUGCGUGUCAUGUACUACGAAGCUGCAAUAAAAGCCAUGCUUAAGUCCAUUGGUGUUCCUCUUGAUAAACUUAAGUUUGUUAAGGGCACUGACUUCCAACUUAGCAAAGAGUACACAUUAGAUGUCUACAGACUGUCGUCACUGGUGACAGAACAUGAUGCCAAGAAAGCUGGGGCAGAGGUAGUGAAACAGGUUGACCACCCCCUGCUUAGUGGACUGCUCUACCCAGGACUGCAGGCUCUUGAUGAGGAAUACCUCAAGGUUGAUGCUCAAUUUGGAGGAGUUGAUCAGCGCAAAAUAUUCACCUUUGCAGAAAAGUACCUUCCACAUCUAGGAUAUGGCAAGAGAAUCCACAUGAUGAAUCCAAUGGUUCCAGGACUCACUGGGACCAAGAUGAGUUCUUCAGACGAAUCAUCCAAGAUUGACCUGCUCGAUUCUCCUGCCCAGCUGAAGAAGAAGUUAAAGUCGGCCUUCUGUGAGCCAGGAAACAUCAAGGAUAAUGGUGUCCUGUCCUUCUGUAAAUUUGUUCUCUUCCCGCUGUCUAAGACUGGAGAAUUCAAGGUUACAAGAUCACCUGAGCAUGGUGGAGACUCACUGUAUUCAUGUUUUGAAGAUCUUGAAGUAGCCUUUGAGAAGGAGGAGGUACACCCUGGUGACCUGAAGGCUGCAGUGGAGAUUUACCUGAAUGAGCUGUUGGAGCCGAUCAGAGCUGAGUUCUCUACUGAUGAGCUCAAGAAGCUGACUGGCAGAGCAUACCCAGUGGAGAAGAAAAAGAAGCCUGGUCAGAAGGGAGCCGCAGGGACAGCUACUGAGGACACGCUGACACCAGACAGACUAGACCUGAGGGUAGGCAAACUUCUUUCGGUGAAAAAACAUCCUGAUGCAGAUUCAUUGUAUGUAGAGUCUGUAGAUCUUGGAGAGGAAGCUCCUCGGACAGUGGUCAGCGGGCUGGCUGGACUUGUACCAAUGGAGGAGCUUGAGGGACGCAUGGGUGUAUUUCUGUGUAAUCUCAAACCACAAAAGAUGCGAGGCAUUGAGUCUCAGGCUAUGCUAAUGUGUGCAAGUGUGGACGAUCCACGAGUUGUAGAGCCCCUUGAUCCACCAGAGGGAAGUGCUACAGGAGAAAAAGUCUUCUUUGAUGGCUAUGAUGGCAAACCAGAUGAGGAACUCAAACCAAAGAAGAAGGUCUGGGAAAAUUUGCAGCCUGAUCUACGAACCAAUGGUGAUUGUGAAGCAGAAUGGCAAGGAAGUACAAUGAAGACAAAACUAGGGAACAUCACUUGUAAAACACUGAAAUCUUCACCAAUUAAAUAAUCCUGUUGACAACCAAAAUCUUAACCAGUUCCUUUGAUAGACUUGGUGCGUACAGUAAUAUUGCCCUUUCAACUUCUUAAAAAUAACCCUAAGAAAUUUGUAAGUAAAUAGUAUGAUAUAUAUGUUAUAAGAUUCAGGAUUUCUUAUUAGCAAGCUUUCAGGUUUUGUUGAAUAUUUGAAGUUGCUGUAGUAAACUUCAGAUUAUUUCCUAUGAUUUAUCAGGGUCUUUAUUUGUAAGGUUGUUCCAAUCUGUAUAGAACAGAUGAGAUACCCAAACUGUUACAACUGUUACAUAAGUUUUGGGUCAAAAAGAACUAUUUUUAAAUUUCAGUUUAUUUCUUUUUUUUUCUGUAAUACUUAAUGUGUGAACAUAGCACAGGUAUGCAUUUUGUAAACAUUAUAUACAUAGCUACAGAUUUUGAAUACUAACAUUUUCAUCAAUAGCAAAAUGGCCCCCUCAUCCAAGUAUCCCCAAGGAUACAACAGAUGACAGGCAUUCUGUGAGCUCUACGCGGAUGUUAAAUUUGACCAAUGUAUUUAUUUCAGGGAGACUUUAAUGCUAUAUCUGACCGCUCCUCAGGACUUAGGUUUAAAAUACCAGAAAAAAUUACCAAACAUUUCAAGUUUUAAGUUAUUUAGGAUGUCUCAGAAAUAGGAGAUAAUGAAAAAAAUUGGUUAUCUGAGUAGUCCAGUCAAUCAUAACCAAGACAGAAACUGGAACUACAUGUAUAUAAAGCCUUCCAAUGUGAUAGUGGCUUCAAGUUAUCAGAGUCAGAUAAGGAAUCUUGACUGUAAUUUAACUGGAACAUUCUAUAGAAAUUUAGGUUUUAAUGCCGAUAUACAUACGAGGCCUCUGGCCAGGCAAUUUAUUUUUUAGACUUUGUUAUGAUAGAUAAAGUCUCAAAAAGUUUAAACCUCAAAAACAGUUUGAAAAGUUGAUUGAUUGAUCAACGCGUGUAGUACCAAACUUGCUAUAUUUAUAUAUCUUGGGAAUGCAGAAUGUCACAAACCAAUUUAAAGUUUCAACGAUAAAUAUUUGCAGAGUUAUUGCCCUUUGUCACCAAAACUUGUUUCUUCUGAAAGUGUUCUUUAAGAUUUCUUUCAAGUAUGUAUGGGAAUGAUAUUUUGACCAUUUUUGCAGAUAAGAUUUACUAUAUUUAUCUGAAAGUUUGCUCACUAAUAUUUGUAACCCUUUCAUAAUACAAGCAUAUACAGGCUUACUUGCAGAUAAAUAUGGUAUAAACUGAUCUACAUUGAAUGUUGGAUACAUGGUUUAAUUAACAUGCGACAUGACAGAGUUAUAUUUCUCACAUAUAAUAUACAGUAUUACUGUACAUUUCUUUGUCUUUAUAUAAUCUGAAAACCAUGCUGUAACGUAAGCAGUGCAUAUGACUAAUAUUGCACCUGUUUAAUGAAGUCAUAUGAAAGCUUAUCUGUAUUAUAAAAUACAUAAAAUCACUGGGGACAUACUUCCUUGCUUCAGGACCAAUGUAUAUAUUGUCCUCAUACACAUUCAAUAACUAUAUAUAUCAAUACGCUUCCAUUGUCUGAUAUUCCAACACUGUGAUAUUAUGUAAAUUAACACACUGCCAUAUCAAUUGAAUGUUUUUAAUACCAGUAACAACCAUCACAUUGAAGUGCACUCUGUAUGAGUUAUUUCUUCUAAGUUCUGUGCACAACAUCGCAAGGUUGUCGAGGGUAAUGUAAAAAUGCUUUCAAUGACUCUGACGGCUUACAAGGAUUGUAACACUCAACUGAAGCUGACUAUUAGGGUCAAACACAUAGCGGGCCCUUUCUGACUUGUCAGUGCUCUAGUUUUAGAUAUAUUAACUGGUGCGAAAUGUGCAUUAUUUUCUCCACUAUCUCUUUAAAUGUUAAUGAAUUGAUGUGAAAAAGUGAGAGAAUGCUGAAUAAAUAAUACAACAAUU